AUGCCUGAACCGCCUCCUUCUCCUUCUUCCUCUUCUACUCGUGCACUUUCUUACUUGAAACUUCAAUUCUUUGCUCGUGUCAGGAGGUUCUUGCAAACUAAGACGACACAAAAGGGUGUUAAAUCAAGAACCAAAGUUACGGUUAUCAAUAAAGAAGAACAAGUAACUACUGUACUGGAUACACAAAUCAAUAGUGAUGAUGAUGAUUCUGUGGUGCUCCAAAGAUCAGUGAAGAGACUUCACUUCGGAAGCUGGGAAGAGAAGGAGAUGGCAGCUCUUGAGAUUGAAAGAUUAGCUAGAGAAGAUGUUAAGAUGAGAAAGUUGAUGGCAGAGCUUGGUGUUAUUCCUGCCUUGGUGGGGAUGGCGGCUUCGGAAGCAGCUGGCCGUCAGACAGUGGCUGUUAAGGCUUUGAUUGAGCUUGCUAAUGGAAUUUACACGAACAAGGCUCUCAUGGUAGAAGCAGGAAUCUUCUCAAAGCUACCAAAGAACAUAGAUGUUUUAAAAGAACCAACAAGACAUGAAUUUGCAGAAUUAAUCCUGUCAUUAUCUUCGCUGGCGAAUCAUACACAAUUCCCUCUUGCUUCAUCAGAAGUUCUGCCAUUUCUAAUCGGAAUUCUUGAGUCGAGCUCAAGUUACGAAACCAAGGAGUCAUGCUUGGGUACUCUAUACAACCUGUCGGCUGUGUUAGACAAUGCAGGACCUUUGCUCUCUAAUGGGGUAGUUCAAACUCUCUUGAGGGUAAUAUCACUAAAAGAACUAUCAGAGAAAGCUCUUGCAACACUAGGCCAUUUAGUGGUGACCUUAAUGGGGAAGAAGGCAAUAGAAAACGGUUCACUUGUGCCAGAGAGCUUGAUAGAGAUAAUGACAUGGGAGGACAAACCAAAAUGUCAAGAAUUAUCAGCUUAUAUUUUGAUGAUUCUAGCUCAUCAAAGUUCAGCCCAACGCGAUAAAAUGGUUAAAUCUGGGAUUGUCCCAGUACUUCUUGAAGUGGCAUUACUGGGGAGUCCUCUAGCUCAAAAGAGAGCACUAAAACUGCUGCAAUGGUUCAAAGAUGAGAGGCAAACAAGGAUGGGGCCACAUUCGGGGCCUCAAACAGCAAGGGUUGCAAUAGGAUCACCUGCAAAUCAUUGGGAAGCUCAAGAAGGAAAGAAAUUGAUGAAGGACAUGGUGAAGCAAAGUUUAUAUAAGAACAUGGAGUUGAUAACCCGGCGAGCCAAUGCUACUUCAGGGGACUCUUCUAAGCUCAAGUCCUUGGGUUUAUUACGUGCUAACCACCAAUCCUCCUCCUUCUCCACCACCACAGCCACCAUGGACUUCAUUAAAAAACGCAAAGCCGACGAAAACGGCAGCUCAAUCCCCAUCGGCACCACUCCACCGUCCCCAAUCACCCCACUAACGCCCGGAGAAAUCCGUAAAAUACUUGAACCAUUCACAAAAGACCAACUAUUAGACAUCCUCCAAUCCGCGACACUUCAGCACUCUGAUAUCCUUAACUCUGUCCGUUCCGUAGCGGACGGCGACAUCUCCCUCAGAAAGCUCUUUAUUCGCGGCCUCUCUUCCGAAACAACCUCAGAAACCCUCCGACUUCUCUUUUCUGCCUUCGGAGAACUCGAAGAAGCUAUUGUUAUUCACGACAAGAAUACAGGUAAAUCGAAAGGUUUUGGGUUUAUUACAUUCAAACACGUGGACUCUGCGAUGCUUUCCAUUAGAGAACCUAGUAAAAAAAUUGAUGGAAGGAUUACUGUUACGCAAGUAGCAUCGAAUAAUUCCAGUACUAGUGAUGUUUCGUUAAGGAAAGUUUAUGUUGGGAACGUGCCUUUUGAGAUUACUUCGGAGAGAUUGUUAGGGUUUUUCUCAAUGUAUGGUGAGAUUGAAGAAGGCCCGCUUGGGUUUGAUAAAACCUCUGGGAAAUCAAAGGGUUUUGCCUUUCUUAUAUAUAAGACCGAGGAAGGGGCUAAGGCUGCAAUUGCUGAUCCUAUGAAGAUUGUUGAUGGGCAUCAAGUUGUUUGUAAGUUAGCUGUUGAUAAUAAAAGGGUUAAUAAGACUCUUCAGGGUGGUGCAAUUGCACAAACUUCACAGCCGUUGACGCAUCCACCAUUCCCACAACCACAACCACAAAUUCCAUUUUCCGGGGUAGCAGGAAAUUUACAAAAUUAUGGGCCUGGUCAUAAUAAUAGCUAUCAGUUGAAUACUUCAUUGACAGGUUCUGGAUAUAAUGGUGCUUAUAGGGUUCCUCCCUAUGUAGGGGCGGGUUCCAAUGAUGGUGGAUUGAAUAAUGCAGGGGCUUCUAUGUAUAGGAUGCCGCCGAAUUCAGGUUCUGGGGUAUAUCCUGAUGCUGGGUCUUUUGCGAUGCCUCAGCAACAGCAGCCAUCUUCAAUUCCAUUGCCACCUAGAUUCUCCCAUGGAGCUGGAGGGAUGUAUCAGGGUAUGCCGCCAUAUUUCUGA